AUGCCCAACCAGCCGCGGGGCCGUACGCCGGUCCCUCACCAUACGCCUCGACGAGCACCGCCAACGUCACUCCGUCCUUCCCGGCCGCCUACCCCUAUGCCCCCCAGGCCGCGCCAACGAACCCAGGCUACCCGUCCACGUCGACCCUGCCCAUGGCCGCCGGUCCCGUGUUCCCCGGUUACGCCCACAUGCCCCCACCCCUUCCUCAAACGAUGGCCAUGGGCCCUCCCCACUCGGGUGGUGCGUACGAUCUCGAUCUGGCGCAACAACAAUCGGCUUACACCCCGGAGGGAGCUCAGAGGGCCGCCGCGCACGUCAAGGCCCAUCAGGAACGCAAGCAGAAACCCCAGGGACGCACGACCGUGUUGCGCAAAGGUGGCGGAGAACUGUGGGAGGAUGCGACUCUGAUGGAAUGGGAUCCAAGUCAGUCGCGCUCCUCGAACCCCCUUCCUCGGCGUUUCCCUCUCUCUCUCUCGCGCGCGCGCGAGUCGCUGCUCAACUUUUCCCUUUUUUUCGUGUGGCAGCCCACUUCCGCCUCUUUGUCGGUGACUUGGACCCUUCGCUUUCCGAAGAUCAGUUCAGGGAAGCCUUCACCGGUAACGGCCGUUACAAGUCCUUCGUCAAGAGCAAGAUCAUCCGCGACAGAAAGACGAACAAGGGCAAAGGGUACGGCUUCGUUUCCUAUUCCGAUCCGGAGGACUUUCUCAAGGCUUGGAAGGAAUUGAACGGUCAGUCGACCGUCGACGAGUGCAUCCAUCCCUGUCCAGAUGACGAACUGACUCGUAUCUCGAACCGAACCGAACAGGUAAAUACGUCGGCACCCGACCGGUCAAGAUCUCCAAAGCCACCACCGGAGUAUCUGCCGUCAAAAUCGGAGCGAAGAAAGCGGCCGUGCUCGACUCGAAGAAGGUGCAAAAAUCUGGAACGGUCCCUUAUGAAAAGGCCAAGGCCAAGGAGGCCGAGGGAGGCCAUAUGAAUAAGAACUCGAAUGGGUUCGGACCGCAGAGGGUUGGCAAGAGUUAUAUUCGACGAUGA